AUGGCUGAGGCGGCGGCCUUGGGUCUCAUGGAGGCCCAAGGGAUUGCUUGCAGACAACACAUGAGCCAAGCUUCGGACAAGCUGUGCCAGACAAAGCCAGAGCCUGUCAAGCGUCCAGAAAAGACCGCCAAAGCUCACCCAAAGACAGAGAUAUCUGAGGAGAAGACACUAAAGCCUUCUGAGAAGAUGGCUAUGUCUGAACCAUCAGGUGAUAGCAGCAGGCAUGCGGGCUCUGCUUCAACUGAGGAGGCAGAGCGCAAAAUGAAGAAGAAAAAGAAGAAAGGCCUGGCUUACACUCUGAUUGUGCAGAAAUGCCAGAUUUUUGUGAGCAAGAGAUUGAGGCAAACAUCGUCACAGUGA